AGGAAAUGCGACCACAAUAACCAACAAGGCAGUGACAUUGCGCUGUCGCCAUCCUCCAGUGUGUUUUUGUGACCUGCACAAUCCGCACUAAUCAGUUCGGCUCAUUUGUUCUACAUUGGAAUCUUUCACAUCCCGUGCUUGCAAGCAUCUCUCAUACCGUCGCCGCUGGCGUCCUUGCAAUGGAAAUUGCCCAAGGCGUGCAGGAGGGCCUCGCAUCUCCUCUCCUUAUGGACAGUGGCGCAGCCCACGCCGAGUAUAGAGACGAGGAGGAUACGUCGACGGCGUCAUGGGACAGGGUGACGAUGCAACCUGAUGGUGUCGCGCAGCUGGCGCUUGAGACUGGACGCGCGCGCAAUCAUGGUGCCUCCGAUAUCGCACGGCGCCACGCCGCCAUGCCACGCCCCUCGGUGACGAUGACUGUGCAGGAGUUCAAUGACGCCCACGCGGAUUUUACAGCCCGGUUGCGCGACCUUGAGAACCACGGUAAGGUGGCAGCGGGUAUUGUCGUUUUCUUUCUGUGCGUGUUCCUUAUCUUGCAUACGAUCUCUUUCCGCCACAUGUGGGAAACUGAUCUGCAGAUCGGCGCGGAGGAUCGAAUCUUGGGCAGCACGAACGACCUGAUCAGAGGUGCGAGCGACAGAUUCGUGAGCAAAGACGCCUUCAACUCGCUCAGAGACCAGAUGGACAAACUCGCUGAGCGCGUGGCGCACAUGGAGGACCAGUUCGGGAACACCAGGGACAAGUUCGUGACCAAGGACAGCUCAUACAAGAUGGAGAGCAUCCUCAAGGAUAAGAUUUCGGGCUUGCGUUUGGAACUGUCCGACGUCAGCGUUCGGCUCGAGGAGAUGUCUCCCAAGUCGGAGGUCCAGGUGUUGCGCCAAGACUUGAGCGUAUUCAAGCAAGCCCAGGCAGAGCAACACGAGGUUUUGCAACACAAGCUUUUGCAACAGGAGGCGAGCGUCAAGGCUCUGUCGAGUCGGGUCGACGGCGUUGCCACCGCCACCAACAAGGCGCUCGCCAGGGCGGCAGCGGUUGACGAGGCCACGGCUGGCUGCGCGUGCGUGAAAGAGAAACGCCACGAGUGCCCGAAGCGGACCCAGGAGUGCACCCUGUGGCACUGGUACAAUCCAGACAACUUCGACCCGUUCUGCGGCGGCGGCAGGGAGGACGCGGCCGACGGGGUCUGCAUGCGGGACUCCACGAAUAGCAAUGUUUGGGUCUCGGAGAUGAAAGGAUGCUGCCGCUCAGUCGAGUAGGCUGCGCAGUGAUGGGCGGAGCCAUGGUUGUGGCUGCGGGGAGCUAGUGGUUAUGCUGAGGGCUUGCUAGACCGCGCGGCGCGCAUCGCGGUGCGCGGUGCGCGAAGUUGGGCGGCCUGCACAGCAAAGCGAGGGGCGCGAUGGUGACCCUGGGCCUGUGGCGAGCGGGGAGGUCGCUACCUGAGAACUGCACACCUGCCCGAGCGCGCCCCGGCGCGACGUGGGCAUGGCGACGGGCCCCCUGUGCUACGGCGAGCGUCCCGCUGGGAACCCGCGGGUCUCCCAUGACCCCGCACGCGCACGACCACGGCGGUGUCGGAGUGGUGGUAUUCGUAUGGCCCCGCCACCGGUGUUUGACUCGGGAAGGGUUUGGCAGAGUACGUUCCCUGUGGCCCUGCCGCAGGCAGUGGCAGGACUGGAACGGCGCGGGCUGAGUCGGUUUCACAAUGCGGAUUGGACCUCAAAGUAAGCAUCGGCCGUGCACCCUGGCAACACAUAGCUGAGUUCUUGAGGCGAAAACCUCCUGACAGCGGAUCGACGUCUCAAACUCAGUUGACACUGG